UUGAAACUAGAGAAAUAAAACUAAGCCUUUUACUCCCUUUUCAGGCAGACGAAAUGGCAGACGAGGGUCCAGUCCAGAACCUCUGCGAGGAAACAACAUGCUCCAUCUGCCUGGAGUAUUUCACAGAUCCGGUGAUCAUAGACUGCGGCCACAUUUUCUGCCAAACCUGCAUCACCGAGGUUUGGGGGGAAUCGGACCAAGAUGCUUCUUGCCCUCAGUGCAGGGAACCUUGUGAGCAAAGGAAUGUCAGGCCCAACCAGCAACUGGCGAGCAUUGUGGAAAUAGUCAAGAAAUUCAGCCUUCAGAUGGCAAAAGGGGCGGAAGCGCUGGGAAGGGUUUGCGAGAGACACCAGGAGCCCCUGAAGCUCUUCUGCGAAGAUGACCAAGACCCCAUCUGUGUGGUGUGUGACAAAUCCAAGGAGCACAGGGACCACAAGGUGAUCCCGAAGGAGGAGGCCUUUGAGGAGUAUCAGGGGAAAAUUCGGCAUCAUUUGGAGUUCCUGAACAAAUGGAGAGAAGAAAUUCUGUCUUCUAAACUGAAGGGGGAGACUGAAAGCCAGAAUCUGCUGAAGCAGACAGACAUGGAGAGGCAGAAAAUCAUGGCUGAUUUCCAGCAGUCGCACCAGUUUCUGGAAGAACAAGAGCACCUCCUGCUGGCUCAACUGAAGGAACUGGACAAUGAGAUUAAAUCCUGUGAGGACCAACAUAUUGCAAAACUCUCUGAGGAAAUGUCUUCUAUUGACGACCUUAUUAAGGAGCUGGAGGAGAAGCAGAAACAGCCAGUGACUGAAUUCUUGCAGAAUAUGAGAAGCAUCCUAGAAAGGUGUAAUGAAAAUAAAAAUAAAACCAUGAAUGCAAUAGUUUUUCCUCCUGGAUUAAAAGAGCAAAUAGAUAAAUUCUCUAGAAUACAUCCUUUUUUGGAGAAGGAGACCAAGAAAUUUAAAGGUAACAAGGGUCAUUGUGUGGUGUUAUAGA